CAUCAGUUGCCCCAGUAACUUCUUCCGUCUCUGUGGGAACGAAAAUCCCUUGCGAGUCACUUUGACCACCUCACCUCUACCUCCAAUUCCUCUGCAGAAAAUUUCAAGCAUGGAUGAGUCAAAACUCGUUCUGAUUACUGGGGCAACAGGAAAACAAGGUCGAGCUACCAUAUCUACCCUUCAACGAUCCAGCAAAGAUUUCCAUGUCAUAGCUCUCACACGAAACGCUUCUACACCUCAUUCUACAUCUCUUGCCUCCGAGUUUGAACGAGUCACUAUCGUUGAGGGUGACUUGAACUCUCAUGAUUCAAUCCGAGGUGUAUUCGAAAGCUGGAAAGGGAAAGGAAGGGAUGGGCAGGGUAUAUGGGGUGUAUUCGCUGUCGUCGCUUAUCCAGGUCUUGGGAACGAUUCAGCUGGCGAGGAACGGCAAGGAAAGAUCAUUGCAGAAGUAGCCCACGAAUAUAAAGUCUCCUGCUUUAUUUACUCUUCGUUCGAACGUGCUGGUGAAAUCUUUGACGACAAAGCUGAACCUGGAUCCUCACAUAUCGCGAAAGUCAGGACAGAGAGACGGAUUAAGGAGUUGGGCCUUCCGUGGACGAUAUUACGUCCAACCCGCUUCAUGGAGAACUUCGAAGGUCAGAUGGGUGGUCUCGCAUGGUCCAUAUUCUCCGUAGGCUUGAAGCCGACUACGACUUUACACCUCAUCGCCGUUAAAGAUAUUGGGAAAGUGGCAGCUGGGGUAAUUCAAAACCCGGAACCUUUCAAAUCCCAAGUCCUAGUUCUUCGAGGGGACGAUCUUACAUGUCCCAAACAAGCGGAAAUCUACAAGAAAGCGACUGGCAAAAACAUCUCAUCCGUCCCGAGUAUCGUUGCGAAAGGAAUUUUGGGUAUGAACAAGCAUCUGAAGGAAAUGAUCGAGUUCUUUGAGAGGACUUCUGCAGCUGUAGCUGACGGCAGUGUGCCGGAGUUUGAUUCACAGUUGGAGUUGACAAAGAAGGUUUGUCCAAAGUUGACGACGUUUGAGGAGUGGAGCAUUGCUGUUGGGAAGGGGAAGGUUUCGAGUCAGCCCGGGUGGAAUAAGGUUUCACUUGUCAGUCUGUUCACGGGGAGGCAUUGAGCAAAUGUGAUUGAACUACUGAUACAUAUAUUAUUGGCUUAAUUUUGAAGGACUACCAGAAUAGCUUUUUCCGUUCAAUUAUUUACGAGGCAACCUGCCAUCAUUCCAUC